UCUUUCCCCCGUAUUUCUCAUACAGCAGAAUUCCCCCGAUGCACGGUGUUGAGCAUUCUAUCCAGCUCGUGCUUGACUAUCGUGUUCACCAUCAGGCACCGUACCGACUCUCGAUUCAAGAGGCGACGGAACUCAAGGGUCAGCUUGAGGAGCUCCUUCGACUGGGUUUCAUUAAACCCAGUAACUCCCCUUGGGGUGCACCUGUACUCUUUGCUCGCAAAGCGGACGGAACUCUCCGCCUCUGCAUCGACUACCGCGACCUUAAUCGUUACACGGUUAAGAACAGCUAUCCCAUGCCCCGCGCGGAUGAGCUAUUUGACCGUUUGGCAGGCAACCGCUUCUUCACGAAGAUCGAUCUUCGUAGUGGUUACCAGCAGAUCCGCGUUGCCGCAGAGGACCAGCCGAAGACCACCUUCCGGUCGCGCUUCGGCCAUUACGAGUUCACGGUGAUGCCAUUCGGCCUCACCAAUGCACCCGCCACCUUCCAGACGGCGAUGAACGAUAUCUUCAGGGACAUCCUUGAGGAAUACGUUCUCGUAUACCUGGACGACAUCUUGGUCUACAGUCGUACCUUAGAAGACCAUAUCAGACACCUCCAUGAUGUACUACAGCGCUUACGCAAGCAUGGCUUCUAUGCCAAGCUUAGUAAGUGCCGCUUUGCCCAGCGCAAAGUGGACUUCCUAGGACACCAUAUGUAUGACCAGGGUCUCCACAUAGAUGACGCGAAGACCACUGCUAUUGCAGAGUGGCCCGUCUCCACAUCUGCCAAGCAGCUUCGCAGUUUCCUAGGCCUCACGAACUACUAUAGUAAUUUUAUCCAGGGAUACGCUAGGUAUUCCUACGUCCUUACCUCUACCCUCCUCUGGAAGAAGCCGCCGUGGUUUUGGACACCCCUCUGCAAGGACGCCUUUCGCGCCCUCAAGAAGGCGGUAACUUGUGCGUCGGUUCUUCGCCUUCCUGAUUUUGAUUGUCCCUUUAUCGUCACCACUGAUGCGUCAGAUUUUGCAGUAGGAGUUGUCCUUUCUCAGGUGUUUCCCUCUCCUCCGGAUUCACCUUACCCCCAUGUUCCUCCUUUUUCCCCCAUUCCAGCUGACACUGCUUCUCGACUUACGCCUACCCUCCCACCACUUCCCUCCACUGACAGUCCUCCUGUUACUUACUCCCCGACCAUCGCGGAGGAUAAGACUGUCGAGGCUCGUGCUGGGGAUUACCCGAUCGCUUUUUACUCCCGUCAGCUACUGCCUGCCGAGAUAAACUACACUGCCGAUGAACGUGAGGUUCUCGCAGUAGUUUAUGCUACCCGGCAUCGGCAUCAUUAUUUGCACGGGGCGCCCUUCACGGUGCGCACGGACAACUCAGUUGUCCAGGCUUUCCUCACGAAGCCUAAGCUUUCCCCUCGACAGGCACGCUGGUGGCGUGACUUAUCCGGGUUCAGUUUCACCACUCAGUCCAUCAAGGGUGAAACGAACCGCGUCGCCGAUGCCUUGUACCGUCGUCCUGAUCACAAUCAGGAACCCAUCCAUCUUGCUGCCAUCUCCAUCACCACUGUUGAUCAGUCGGUGAUUGACGCGUAUCGCACUCAGUACCACCACUUCCCCGAUUAUCGCGUCAUCCACGCGACACUGCGGAGUGGCAAGACCGUUCCUUCCUACUCCCUCGGGGAGAACGGCAUUGUGUACUGGCAUGGCAGAUCUGGUCAGCUAGAACCACGUAUCUGCGUUCCCUCCAUUGGACAGCUCCGUGUCCAGGCUGUAGCAGAGUUCCAUGACCAGAAGGUUCGUGGCAAGACCUUGAGCAGGGUGGAGAGAAAUGCAGUGGUUGCAGCAGUGUCGGCGGUGGCGAUGCGAUGUCGCAUCGAGAGAACGAUGGCGUGGUUGAGGACGAGAGUGUCUAUUCGCAGGCAGCGUGAGCUCCUCCAGCACAUGAUGGCGGCGCCAGACUGCGUAUCCAUGUCCGAAUCCAUUAUCCAGUUGUGCGCCGCCAUGUCAUCUGGGGUGAUACCGAGGGCGACUCCAAGGUGGUGGAUGAGGAGAAGGACGGGUGGCACGUGGGAGGAUCUGCGGAAGAUGGACAACGCCUCAGACGAGUACUACAAGGAAAAGUUGAGGAUGCCCCCCAGGGUGUUCAUGGAGAAUCGGAGUGGAUUGUCGUGCCGUGGUGGUGGACCUGGACUUGCGCAUCACGGACGUUCUCGUCGGUUACCCAGGGAGCUGCAUGACAUUCGGGUGCUUCAACUCUCCAGUCUGUGGGCGCGUGCGGAGGAGGGGGAUCUUUUCAGUGGAGCACCUGUUGUGCUGCCGUUCGGAGUGAGGACACACGGUUACAUUCUGGGCGACAACGGGUAUCCGCCGCUGGAGUGGAUUGUUGUGCCGUACGGGGGGACCGAUCAAAUCCCCGAUGAGGAGAGGUUCGACAACAAGCAAAAGGUCGCCAGGGGAGCAGUGGAGAGAGCUUUCGGGAGAUUAAAAGGGAUGUGGAGGUUGUUCCUCCGCACACACAAGACGAAUAUGGACACUCUACCACAACAGUUCCAGGUCGUGUGCAUUCUGCACAACAUCCUCCUUGACGCUGGCAUUGAGUUCAACGAGAACUUCUUGUGGGAGGUAGAUGCUAAUGGCGUGCGGCGGCGCCAGCGAGUGGACUUGGGGUUGGAUCAUCCACCCCACCCCAUUGCUGGGAACUUCAAUCGGCCCCGUGCGUUGGCGCUACGCGAGGUGUUGGCGGAGCGGAUGAAACACGAGUGAAGGCGCGCACCGCGUCGACGGCACGUGGCUC